GAGGCGGGCGGGCGCAGGGCGCCCGCAUGAGGCCCCCCGCGCCGCUGCCGCCGCCGCCGCCGGCCGCGCUGCGGGAUGUGGUGCUGGACGUGGCCCCGGCGCUGAGCGGCCGCGGCGCCGCCAUGGGCGCGGGUGGCCCCGCGCUGCCCGAGCGCCUCCGCCUGCCCGUCUGCUUCCUGGGCGUCUUCGCCUGCUACUUCUACUACGGCAUCCUGCAGGAGAGCAUCACCCGAGGCCGCUACGGCGAGGGCGCGGCGCAGGAGCGCUUCCAGUACGCCCUGUCCCUGGUCUUCAUCCAGUGCGUGAUCAACGCCGCCUUCGCCCGGCUCCUGAUCCGGUUUUUCGACUCCGUCAAGGUGGACCGGACGCAGAGCUGGCUCUACGCGGCUUGCUCGCUCUCCUACCUGGGCGCGAUGGUUUCCAGCAACUCGGCUCUGCAGUUUGUGAACUACCCAACUCAGGUCCUAGGCAAAUCUUGUAAGCCCAUUCCAGUCAUGCUUUUAGGAGUGACUUUGCUGCGAAAGAAGUAUCCGCUGGCCAAAUACCUCUGCGUCCUCUUGAUAGUCACAGGUGUGGCCCUGUUCAUGUACAAGCCUAAAAAGGGGGCUGGAAGCGAUGAUCACAUCUUUGGCUAUGGAGAGCUCCUUCUGCUGCUGUCUCUGACUUUGGAUGGACUGACUGGUGUAUCUCAGGACCACAUGAGAGCUCACUACCAAACUGGCUCCAAUCACAUGAUGUUAAACGUUAAUCUAUGGUCCACCUUGUUCCUAGGGGCCGGGAUACUGUUCACUGGAGAGCUCUGGGAGUUCUUGAGUUUUGCUGAACGCUACCCCAGCAUCCUUUACAAUAUCCUACUGUUUGGCCUGACAAGUGCACUGGGUCAGAGUUUCAUUUUCAUGACUGUGGUGUACUUUGGACCUUUGACCUGUUCCAUCAUCACCACAACACGGAAGUUCUUCACGAUUUUAGCAUCCGUCAUUCUAUUUGCUAAUCCCAUCAGUACAAUGCAGUGGGUGGGAACAGUCCUGGUGUUCUUGGGUAAGUCUGUGAAGAAGACAUCUGAAGUCUUCCCGCCACUAACUUAUGCAGAGAUGAUGUAUAGAGGAGAGCGCUAACAAAAGUGACUCAGUAGCCUUGGACUUGAUGCCAAAUUUGGAAAGGGAGUGAAGAAGACAUCCCAUUGAGAUGUUUGAACUCUGCAGUUGGAAUGAACUUUUAAUUUAUUGUCUUGUACCUCAAACUCUGUUAUGAAACUGGACUCAGGAUGGGUAAUUAGAAGGGGAGCAUUUGGAUUUUUUUUCUAGUUUUUUUUUUUUAAUUCUGAAUUGUCUUAAAGUGUAAUACUUUUGUUUUAACUGUAACCAAAUGUUUAAUUUUUUUUUCUGUAAUCAAAGCUGCAUUACUAGAUUCUAGCAGCAGGAUGAAAUUCUUGCCUUAACAGGAGGAAAGACUUCAUAUCUUUAUUAAAGAAAAGGAGAUAAUG